AUGGAUGUGUCGGGAAAGAUAACUUCGACAUCGAAGGCAAACCUCAACCUGUAUUGCAUUCCGUGUGACACAGAUGGAUUAAAGGUACCGGCUUACGGAUUUUGUCAGGACUGCAAGGAACAUCUUUGCAACAGUUGCUUUCAAUAUCAUAGAAGGUCAAGGCCAUCUAGACACCAUGUACUACUUGAAAAAGACGCAAUGUCAACAAAACAAACAGGCGUUGACGUAAAUGCAGACGUCAUUAUUGACAACUGUACCAACCAUAGGGAUAAACCAUUGGAGUUCUAUUGUAACACACACAAAAUUGUAGCAUGCUAUGUCUGUGUUACACUUGAACACAAACAAUGCAAAUUUGACUAUAUUCCUGAUGUUUCAGGUAACGUAUCUGGCGAGUGGAUAGAUUUGAACAAAAAGAUGAAAGAUUUAGUCAAGAAAUGUGAAUAUAACAUUAUGAAGGCUUCAGCUGCUACAAAGCAACUAGAACAAAGUUGUGAAAAAGUUGUUGAAGACAUACGACUCUUGAGAAAGGAAAUAAACAAUCAGUUAGAUCAGAUGGAACCGAGAAAACCACCAGAAGAUACUGAAAUAUGUGUCAAUUAUGAAAGAUCGUACAACGCGAGUUUUCCUUCUGAUAAAGAAUGUAGCAAUGUCAUUGGGAUGGUAAUGGUUUCUGCCACACAAAUGGUCAUCGCUGAUUACGGUAAUAAAAAGAUUAAAACAAUAGAUGAAAACACAGGAUCGUUGUUGUUAGAGGAAACCCUGUCUUCAGCACCACACGAUGCUAUAAGACUUCCGCAAAAUGGAUCGUCGUAUAGAUGUCGGAGAAUGGUGUUAUUGUGUAGCAUAUUGUCAGGACAAGCUAGUAGUAGGCUGUAG